UUACCGAGAAACAGUGUGCAGGGGAAGAUGAAGCUCCCUAUGUUUGUAGUAGAUGCUUUCACUAGCGAAGCGUUCCGGGGGAACCCUGCCGCAGUUUGCCUCCUAGAAAAUGAACUGGAUGAUGACAUGCGACAAAAAAUUGCAAGAGAAAUGAACCAUUCUGAAACAGCUUUUAUCCAGAAGCUCCACCCAACGGACAGCUUUACCCAAACAGAAGAUCUUGGAUUAAGAACAAAUCGGGCCAGUCCUCCAUUGGUUCCAAAACCGAUAUUUAUUGAAGUUCCCCUGGGUGGGAAGCACAGUAUGAGGGGCUGCCAAGAACACAAAGAGAUUGGAGAAAAUAUGAAUCCGACUCUAACUUUUGUCACUCUAAGUGGGGAACUGAAAGCCAGACAGGCAGAAGACGGGAUCAUCAUGGAUCUACCACAUUGUCCCACCCAUCACAAGGAUGUUAAGGAAGUCCAGGACUUAAUCAAGUUGGCGCUGGACAACGUGCUAGUUCAGGACGUCCAUUAUUCUCCAGACACCAAGUUCCUCCUUGUUCGGAUUGAGGACUCUUACGGAAGGUCCUUCCUAGAGAACCUGGAAGUGAAUGCAAGGGAUCUGACAAAGAUUGAAAAUACAGGGAAAGUGCAGGGACUCAUGCUCACCGUGAAAGGUGAGGGAGGUGGAAAGACCCAAGGUUAUGACUUCUACUCCAGAUUUUUUGCCCCCUGGCUUGGUGUAAUGGAAGACCCAGUCACAGGGUCUGCCCAUGCCGUUCUUGGUAGCUACUGGUCCCAGCAGCUGGGGAAGAAGGAAAUUCGGGCUUUUCAGUGUUCCCCCCGUGGGGGAGGAAUGAAGAUUUCCUUGCAGGACAGUGGAAGAGUUGACAUUACUGGUCAAACAGCUUUUGUUUUGGAAGGGAAUUUGACCAUUUGAAAGUCACCAUGCCAAGAUUUACAUCACUUCUGACUACUUUUCUGUAGUUGCUAAAUACAGAUUAAAUGCAGAAUGAAAGGGAACAUGGUUGAAGAUCCUCUUAUGCAAUGGACAUUUUUGAAAAUUAUAGAAUUAUUAGUGUAAAUUUAAAAAUUAUAUGGAAAGCAUGAGAGCGCCAGAAAGGGUUGCCAUCUCCAAAAUGGUAACUUGCAAUGAAUUUAAUGUCUGAACCUCAAUUAAGGUGCAUUGAAUGCAAA